CCCUCUCGCCAUAGAUCCCCGUCCGAGCGUGAGCGAUACCAUUCGAGAACGGGGCCUCGACGUUGAAGAAAAAAGCGUUUGGAAAGCCUCGUGUAGUUUUCGUCAGCUACGUCAGUUUGACAAGCUUCUCCUCCUCCUCCAUAUCACCCGCACCUCUCAGUUCAAGCCCUCGGCAGAAAACGUACAAGGAGCGGCACUUGCUCACCCCUUCCCCCCCCCGUGCAAAGUUGGAGUUUCCCACUUCCCAUUGGCGGCGAAAGCCCGCGAAGACUGGAGGUCACGUGAUCCUUUUGGCGCGGAAUUUCCUUCCCUACUCCUUCCUCUGUUGUGUCUCGCGCUCAGAGAAGCUGCCGCGGUCGCCGUCGUCUUGCGCGCGCUCGCCGGGCUUUGCUGCUUCCUUGUCCCGCGGCCCUUCUUGCCCUUAGGAGGAUUGCGCUGAGCUAUGUCCUCACCGGCGUCCACCCCGAGCCGCCGCGGCAGUAAGCGCCGCAGAGGCGGAACUGCCCCAACCGAUGGCGGCGCCAAUCCCGCUACGCGUAAGUCACUCGACAGCUUGCCGACGCGCCUGCCUGCCCCUGGGCUUCUGCACUUUUCAGGUUCCCUUUGAUAAUAAUAAAUAAUAAUAAUAAUAAUAAUAAUAAUAAUUUAUUAUUUAUACCCCGCCCAUCUGGCUGGGUUUCCCCAGCCACUCUGGGCGGCUUCCAACAAAACACUAAAAUACAAUAACCAAUAAUGUUUGCCCGGCGUUGUAAUUUAUUCAAGGUUGCGUGUGCGCGCCUCUCCUCUUCCUAGAUCUUACAAAAGGGCUCCGCAGGACAGCUUCACAUGCUCUUGGUUAGGAUGCUGCACGGGGGGGCGGGGGGGAGCCCGUGUUAUACCGGUGCUUCUCGCAACGAUUGUGUAAGACGCCUGGUGCACGCUCGUCUGGGGUAGGCAAAUUCCGGUGACAGUACAUUAUACGCUUGCCUAGGAAUAAGCCUUGUUAGAUCCAGUGCAACCAGCUUCUGCUUAGAGAAGAAUAAGGCACUGGUGUGGGUCUCCCAGGUGCCUGUACGCUGUUUUUUAUUUUUGUUUCUAAGAGACCUGCACAUAGGGAUAGGGAGUCUUGUGGCCCUUCCUACACUGUUGUACUCCAUCUCCCCAUUGGACUCUGGCCUGGCCAGUUGUUGGGGAAGAUGGGAAUUAUAGUCCAAAACAUUGAAAAGUGUAGUGGUUCCACACUACUUCUAUGCGCUUGUGUGACAUCUUCAUGUUCUGUGUUUGCUGCUUGAAAUGUAAUGCCUGGAACUGCCUGUUGUUCAGUGCCCCAUCUUUUCUUAAAUUCCUUGUGCAAUUUUGAGCAGCUGUUGUGACACUAGCUGGUGCCAAAUGACUGUCUGAACAGGGACUUAAUCCAAGACCUUGUUGUGAUAGUGAAGCUAAUCAAGAUUGAAUCUGAAUAUAUGCAUUGUUUUUGUUUUGAGGGUGGGAAAAGGGAAUAUGUUUCUUAUUAGUCUGAAAAAUGAGAGAUGUAUAACAGUGUAGGCAAAAGUUCAAACUUUCACUUUGUUACAGCUCUUUCUGAAGAUGUACAGUCUCCGCCUUCGCAACGACGUCACACAGAAGACUCUACAGGAGACUUACAACCAAUGCCCACUUCUCCACCAAUUGACUCACAAAGCCCAAAUGUUCAAGAUGCUCUGUUUUCCAGUCCACCACAAUUCCAAAAUUCAGGUAUCUUUGACUUUGGAUUGGGCAGUUGGCAAUAGUAUCAAACUGCUCAUUUUUAUCUUAUCAAUAUUGUAUGUAAAUUGCAGACACAGUGUCUACAAUGCUGCUGAUCAGCCAGUGCAGAAGUUCCUAAUGUGGUGCCCAAUGUGGCUAGCAUUGAUGGGAGGUAGAGUCCAAAGUAUCUGGAGGUCACAACAUUCGCCCCGACUGAACUAGUGUGUCUAUUUUAAUUUCCAUGUGUUACCAGACUUGGAGUAGAUUCAGAUGAUAGUAUUAUUAAUCCUCUGUGGACAGAUUGUGAUAAUUUUUUAUUUGGUAUCUGAUGCCUCACAGACUUGAAAUAAUAUUGCAGUUCAGUAUCUCCCCAAAAAUUAUCCUGUAUUAUUUUUACUCUUAAUUCCAAAAGAUCACUUGAGAUGUUUCUUCCCACUUCUAGCAAUUUUCAAGCUACCCAAGUAAUUUUAUUAACACUUAACAAAUAGUCUUGUUGAGUUGGAUGAGACUCAUCCACUUUGGGAGCAAAUGUGCCAGCUGGUGCAGUAUACUAGUUUUAAAGCUACUUUGUAUAAUUCUGUAAACACCUGUCUUCUGCUGGGGAAAACAAAAGGGCAAGCUUCUGUCACAAAUGCAUUAACAUUUAUAUUUCUAAAACAAUAAUCACAUUUUAUUUGAUACAGUUCCAAUGGACUUUGAUAUUAGUUCACCACUUACCUAUGGCACACCCAGUUCUAGAAUAGAAGGAACCCCAAGGAGUGGUGUGCGAGGAACUCCAGUGCGACAGAGGCCUGAUCUUGGCUCUGUCCGGAAGGCUAGGCAAGUGGAUCUGCAUUCUGAUGUGGUAGGUAUUUCAGAUUUUGCAAGUGACAUUUCAGUCAUUGUAUAUUUACUCAAAGGAAGUUUCACUAGUAGAACUUUUUAUCUGAUUGUGGCCAAGCAUAGAUUGUGGCCUUAAAUGUAAUAUUGAUAGGUUACUCUUGUACUUAGCCUACAGCAGAAGACGCAGUGGCUAGUGAACAGUCUCUUGGACAAAAGCUAGUGAUAUGGGGAACAGAUGUCAAUGUGGCCUCAUGCAAAGAAAAAUUUCAGGUGAGUGGACAGUGGUUUACACACUUGUAUAUAUUUGUUUGUUUUUAAAUGUUUCUACUUUGGAGUGAGAUGAUGAGGUCUGGAGCAAGAAGAAGAAUAAUAUCUGGCAGUUCUUGGGAAAAUCUUUUUUUUUUCAAGAGACAAUUUGUCUAAUUCUUCCACCUAGUGAUGUUAAAUUGUAAUACUCUAUUGAGAUAACAUAAAAUCAGUAUAAUUCAUGGAGGAAUAACUUGUGCGUGAAAAUUAAUAGCAUUUUAUUUAUGCCUGCCACAGUUCUAAUGGAGACUGAAAUUGUAUUCUUGUCUUGUUCUUUUAACGUUCAGAGAUUUCUUCAGCGUUUUAUUGAUCCAACAGCCAAAGAAGAAGAAAAUAUUGGCUUGGACCUUAACGAGCCUCUGUAUCUGCAGCGACUGGAAGAGGUACCGUAUUUUUCGCACCAUAGGGCGCACCGGACCAUAGGGCGCACCCAGUUUUUAGGGGGGGAAAUCAAGGAAAAAAAUAUUUUUCCCCCACAGCCCCAAAGAGCAGCGUACAGGCUGCACACAACCUCUCCCUGCCAGAGGGGUUGUGCGCAGCUAUGGAAGAAGGCAAGGCAGCAAGCGGGAUGGAUCCCGCUCGCUGCCUUGCCUUCCCCUUUAGCCCGUGCAGCCUCUCCUUGCCGGGAGAGGCUGCGUGGGGCUAAGAAGCCAUAGCCCCGUGCAGCCUCUCCUUGCGGAGGGGUUGCGCGCAGCUAUGGAAGAAGGCAAGGCAGCGAGCGGGAUGGAUCCCGCUCGCUGUUUUGCCUUCCCCUUUAGCCCCAUGCAGCCUCUCCUUGCCGGGAGAGGCUGCGUGGGGCUAAAGAAGCCAUAGCCCCGUGCAGCCUCUCCUUGCGGAGGGGUUGCGCGCAGCUAUGGAAGAAGGCAAGGCAGCGAGCGGGAUGGAUCCCGCUCGCUGUUUUGCCUUCCCUUUAGCCCCGUGCAGCCUCUCCUUGCCGGGAGAGGCUGCGUGGGGCUAGAAGCCAUAGCCCCGUGCAGCCUCUCCUUGCGGAGGGGUUGCGCGCAGCUAUGGAAGAAGGCAAGGCAGCGAGCGGGAUGGAUCCCGCUCGCUGUUUUGCCUUCCCUUUAGCCCGUGCAGCCUCUCCUUGCCGGGAGAGGCUGCGUGGGGCUAAGAGCCAUAGCCCGUGCAGCCUCUCCCUGCCGGAGGGGUUGCGCGCGGCUAUGGCACAAGCCUGCAUUCGCUCUAUAGGACGCACACACAUUUCCUCUCAAUUUUUGGAGAGGAAAAACUGCGUCCAAUAGAGCGAAAAAUACGGUAUGUUAUGGCAGUAUUGUUUAAACCUGGCUUGCAUUUUUAGAUUUAAAUGCUUAUUUAUUAAUGUGUGACUAAAUAUCUUCCAGAUAAGCUUGAUUGGGGAGCCAUUUCUGAAUAUAAACUGUGACCAUCUGAAAACAUUCGAUGAAAAUCUUUACAGACAACUGAUGUGCUAUCCUCAGGUAAGGCAAAUGUUUUCAAUAGGCUCUUCAGUGCAAGAGCUGUGAGAGCCAAAAGUUCAAGUUCAGUGUGCCUAAUUUCGUAUUAGUUAAUUUAGUUACUUCACAUCUGCAGAAUGGUAUUAGGAUCUAAGGAAAUUUGAAUAUUGCUGUCAUAUAAAAUUGCUCAGUUCACAAUUCUAAUAAGUAACUCUCCUUAUUUUUGAAAGAAAUUAGCUAAGCAACAUGAAGCGUUACUGUUUGAAAAACAAAUUCAAAGCUUUCUUGGAUAGGUAAAGCUAAUUGUUUUGUUCUUUGGAUUCAAGCAUCUACAUGUUUAAAAAAUGACAACAGUUUGGCACAACACAAAAAGAAGACCCUAGCCUUGGACACAAGCUUCUAUUCUUAACAGACAUUAAAACACUACAAUCAUUAGUAAAGCCAGCGCUGUUGUUAUUUAGCAGUCAAUAGGCUUAGAAAGUCUGCUAAUUCUGCUAAUGAGUUCUGUCAGUGUAAGGACUUAUACUUGCGCAACAGGACUUCAUUCACUGUUUUCCACCUAUUCAUGACCUCCACAAAUCUGCCCCAGAGGGUUAGUGAAACCCCUAGGACAGAUUUAGGGGGCACACAGGAGGAGGAGAAGAGGAGAAAAUUCCAUUGCACAAGCAGAAAUCCUGGAACAAUUGCCUUAGUGCUGUGUUAGAUUCCACCCUUUGUUUUCAUAAUGUUUUGUGCAGGUGUGGAAGCAACUAUUGAUGUAUACUUAAGGUUUAUAUUUGUCUCCUUUGUACAGGAAGUUAUUCCAACAUUUGAUAUGGCUGCUAAUGAAAUUUUCUUUGACCGCUACCCUGAUUCAGUAUUGGAGCAUCAAAUUCAAGUGAGACCUUAUAAUGCUGUAAAAACUAGAAGCAUGAGGAGCCUGAACCCAGAAGGUAAGGUGCUUUAGGUACAGCAUCUUUAAUAAGUUAUCUGAUAAACUGUUACAUAAACUGCUUGGUCUUGGGCAAAUAAAUGCUAGAAGGAUGGUCGUCUUUGAGUCGCACUGAACCUGAGUCCCAAUAUUAUGUGGUCUUAUACUGGUCAAUACCUCUGUCUGCUUCAGAAAAAAAUCAAGAACUAGUAAAUGCAUCUCAGUCCUCCCUAAUUUACUAGCAAAUGACUGAAAUGGAAGAACUUGCAUUCCUUACAUAAACAUGUAAUUCCAUAAUUCAUAUCACACAUUUUUUGCUCUUUAGAAUUGUUGACUUAUGUGAUGCCAGGUAGCCAUUUUAUGCUAAUCGCUUUUUAACAAUUUAUGCAUUUCUUAGUUACCGUAUUUUUCGCUCCAUAAGACGCACUUUUCCCCUCCUAAAAAGUAAGGGGAGAUGUGUGUGCGUCUUAUGGAGCGAAUGCAGGAGGGAAGCUCUGCUCAGCGCUCCCUUUAAAGAAGAUUUUUUUCCUUGCAUUCCCCCUCUAAAAACUAGGUGCGUCUUAUGGUCAGGACGUCAUAUGGAGCGAAAAAUACGGUAUAUUGAUAAAACAUGAUUUGGUUUUUCUUCUCUUUUAAUAUUAGACAUUGACCAGCUUAUCACUAUAAAUGGCAUGGUAAUCAGGAGCUCCCAGUUAAUUCCAGAAAUGCAAGAAGCUUUCUUCAAGUGCCAGGUGUGCGCUUUCACAGCAAGAGUAGAAAUCGAUCGCGGUAGGAUUGCUGAACCAUCAGCAUGCAAGAACUGUAAUACCACGCAUAGUAUGGCAUUGGUUCACAACCGCUCAAUGUUCUCGGAUAAACAGAUGGUAUGUUCUUUUAUUAAAUUAUAGGUUGAAACGUUCUGAUGUGUUAAAUUUUCUGCAAUGAAUGGUUUUGCAAAAAUAUUAAAAUAGUCCCUAUGGUUUUCAUUACUAGACAACUAGAAAUUUUGCAGUUCCCCACCACACUUCCUCAGGCUGCAUGCAUAUUAAACCCCUUCUAUUAAUGCAUGGUUACAUAAGAAGUUAGUUUUACAGGAUGGAUUUUCCUAAUAAAUCUAGUGUAUUACAGUAUGUUAUGUUGCUAUCGCUGUUACAGAUAGUGCUUUUUAAAAAUUGUCUGCUAUCAGUUGCUGGAUUCAUUUCUCAAGACUAAUUGCUUCCACCUUGCUUUAACUCCUUGUGGGAGUUGAUACAUGUUAAUUAAGUCACAUGUAGCUAUAUCCACACCUGGAACAAAGGUUGGUUCUCCAUUUGAGAAAUGGCUUAGCACUGUUUGUUUCCCCAGAUUCACAGAGAUGAACCUAAAUGUUUAAAAAGAGCAGCAGCAAAAACCACAAAAAUAUUGUCGCAACUUUAUGACAGAUGUGUAUACAAGUGUUGCCUCCACCAAAAUAGUACAGAGGGUGAGAUAGGAGUCACUUGUUGGAAAGUCUACUCUGAUUCAAAAAUUAUGAUAGCCCCUGUGGACACCUCAUCAAACGCACCCCAAAACUCCAUUAGAUAGUCCCAAUAUAUUGGAGUAGGGCACACCUGUAACCUAAUUACCAUAACCUUUGGGAAACUGGACCACAUCAUCCUACUUAGAGGGGAGAUACAGUGUUGCCAGAAGAGUCCUGAGAAAAAGGCUGAGAUGCUCCGGUUCUUUUUAAUCUAGCAGAAAGGCAAGUGGGCAAACAGUUGUGUCUACUAUUCAACAGGUUCCUUUGGGCAGUUGCUACUUGCCCAGACCAAGGAAGCACAGUUGCAUGCCUCAACUAGACAGUGCUCUGGUACAUCCUCUAAAGCAGGGGUCGGCAAGCUUACCAAACAAUGGGCCGGUCCACGCUCCAUCCAUCGGAGGAUGGGCUGAAGCUUGUGCGCUCUUCUGGGUCGGAGGAGUGUGCGUGCACACAUGCUAUUUCCAGUGCUCCUCCGACCCAGAUGUGCGCCUGAAAUAGCGUGUUCACAUGCACACGGGCGCUUCUCCGUCCCGCACACAUGCGCACACGCUAUUUCUGGCACACAUCCGGGUUGGAGGAGUGCCCGUGCGCAUGCACACAGGUGCCAUCAACCCGGAAGUCACCAAGCUGCGCCAUGCUGGUAAGAGCGGGGGGCAGCAGGGGUCUCCAUGGGCCAGAUAGACAAGCCCUGUGGGCCGCUACCGGCCCAUGGGCCUUAGGUUGCCGGCCCCUGCUCUAAAGUGACGUGUAGUUUCAACAAGCAAUAUUGUUUACUGGUUUUUAUCUCAUCAAUUGCCUGAACAAAUACAUAGUUAGGAAAGUUUAUGUCUAGUAUUUCCAACAGAUAGUCGGUAUGAUUAAAAAUAUUGUUGCACUUUAACUAAGGAUUGUUCUUUUACCAGAUCAAGCUGCAGGAGUCUCCAGAAGACAUGCCAGCUGGUCAGACACCAUAUACUAUUGUGCUCUUUGCUCACAAUGAUCUAGUGGAUAAGGUUCAGCCAGGUGACAGAGUUAAUGUUACAGGUAAGAUAAAUGUUUCGGCAUCAUUUCUUGUCUUUAAGUAAAAAUGAGCCUAGUAUAGAAUACUGGCUCCUAUAGAUAAAAUAGUAAGAUGAGAGAAAGCAGUGAAAUUAUGGGUGUAUGGAGGAAUUUCCUGUUUUCUUUUACUGUAGCAGCUUCUACACUUUUUUGUGACAGCUAUUGAUACAGGCGUAGUUGGAAGAACGUGCAGCAUUGGCUUUGCUUGUCAAGCUAUCAACAUUAAUGUUGUGGUUAUUUCCAUUUAUAUUCUGGCGUUCCUUCCUAAGGAGUCUAGAGUGGCAUUAAUGUACAUAUAAAUAUUGUACUGAGCUUUUCAAUUUUAAAGUCCUGUAAAUUACAUACCAGGUGUUAUGAGUUACAUUGGGCUUGCAUGUGUUCAGGGUUAAAUGAUACAAUCUAGCACUGGGUAACUUUUAACGAGGGCUGCACAGCCUGCCAAAAUCUAAACUUGUCUGGUUAGUGUAUUGGGGAAGAGGGGGAAGAGAUGAAUGUUGCCUUUUAAUCUGGGAGAUCUAAUAACGGCUUUAUGUUUCUUCAGGUAUCUACAGAGCAGUCCCUGUUCGUGUCAUUCCAAGAAUGAGCAGUGUGAGAUCUGUCUAUAAGACCCAUAUUGAUGUUAUUCAUUAUUGCAAAACUGAUUCAAAACGCUUGCAUGGCAUUGAAGAAGGAACUGAACAGAAAAUGUUUACAGAGGAACGUGAGACAAUGCUUCAAGAGCUUUCGAGGAAACCUGAUAUUUAUGACAGGCUUUCUUCUGCACUUGCCCCAAGUAUUUAUGAGCAUGAAGAUAUUAAAAAGGUACGGAAUACUUAAAAUUACACAUUUGCCUCACUGACUAAAUACAUCAAACUUUGCAUACCUAUCUUGGUAUAUAGUAUACGUACUAAUACAUAAAAGUAAUUUAUUCUGAAAAUAUUACUCUUAUUUUGAGUUCAUAAAGUACUUAAAGCUGGUAUAUUUUAGCACAUCGUUUAGAAUACACAGUGGGUAUAUGUGAAAUAGAUGCAAACAAAUACUUUAAUUAUAUAGACAUCACCUUUUUUCUCUACUAAGAUUGAGCUAAUGGAUAUGACUUUCAUCCAUUAAUUUCAGUUCAUUAAUUUCUACACUGCAUAUAACUUAGUUGGAUAGAACCCAUAAUUUCUAAAGAAAGAUAGUAAUGUUGUCCACCUGCCGUAAAGCACACAUCCUUAUUUUUUAUACUGCCAAUUAAAAACUUCCCACUAUAGCUGAAAUUUAAUUGGUAGCUAAAUAAAAAUGAAUCGAAGCAACUAAUGUAGAACACGGUAAUUUUAAAGCAGAACAGGGGAAGACUUUGAAUAAUCCCUUAACUCUUGUGCCUAUCUUGCUGUCAGGUCAGAAAUGAGCAAUUGACUAAAAAGAACAAGAUUAAUUGCAUUGUGAAGAUUAAUUACAAUUUGUAGUGUGUUUCAGUGUUGAUUGGAAAAAGAAGAUUUUAGUUUGCUAGGUCUGAAAAUCUGGACUGGUUCUUCUGCACAUGUGUGUAUGUCUGCAGCUUUGUGGGAGCUUCUGUGAAGCUUUGUCAAUUUUGUGCAAGAGAUCCAUGUCAUCAUGUUCACCUGUGUGGCUGCAUCAUAUAGACAUGUAUCUAACAUCUCGCAGAAAUCAGUGUUCAGAACUCCCAUUGUUCUAGUUGCAUUUUUGCAACAGGGAAUUUAAUUAGCGCAAGCAGUUUCUGAGCUGUGGCCACAGUACUGCGCCUGAGAUUUCAGAUUAAAACUGCAGAGUGGAAGGAAAGGGGGACUUUUUUCUGCCUCCCCACUUCCAGCUACUCUCUGAAGACUGGAGCAGAGACCCUCUUUAGAAUAUUGGGGUGGGCAGGGGAAGGACAAGACCAUGUGAAAAAUGAACUUAAUAUUUUAGCUGCAGUUCCUUCAUUUUCAGCUUUGCAUUCUUGUUAUAAAGAAAAAGCCUAGACAUUCUGUUGUUGCACCCAUAACCUAAGUUUAAGGUGCCAUUUAGCUCCUGGCUUUCACAUCUCAGUUUCUAACACGGACAGAAAUGCUGCUUCCACAUAGCAGUGGAGUUACCUAAAGGGCACCCAGAUCCUUGUGAGUCAUCCUUGAAUCAUGCCUGUGCAUACAGUAUAUUCACAAAUUGGAUUUCCCUUUUUUAAGAAAAGCAGCUGUGAUCAUUUAAACUCCUCCUUUUGCAGGGCAUUCUUCUUCAGCUGUUUGGAGGAUCAAGGAAAGAUUUCAGCCACACUGGCCGAGGCAAUUUUCGUGCUGAGAUCAACAUUCUCCUUUGUGGAGAUCCUGGUACCAGCAAGUCUCAGUUGCUUCAGUAUGUCUAUAACCUGGUUCCAAGAGGCCAGUAUACUUCUGGGAAGGGCUCCAGUGCAGUUGGCCUUACGGCUUAUGUGAUGAAGGAUCCCGAAACAAAACAGCUGGUUCUGCAGACUGGAGCCUUGGUCCUCAGUGACAAUGGCAUUUGCUGUAUUGAUGAGUUUGAUAAAAUGAACGAAAGUACAAGGUCGAUGCUUCAUGAAGUCAUGGAACAACAAACAUUGUCAAUUGCCAAGGUAAAGACUUUCCCCCAAAUAAAUCCUUUUCUUUUGAUCUAUGGGAGAUUCUGAUAUUGGCAUUUGCAUCAUUGUAUUUCAUGUUUAUAUGUGAACACUUAUGUUUAUGAAGCCAAAAUGGUGCCACAUAUGCACACACACACAGAAAGAGAGAGAGAGCUAUAACAGGCUUAGUGAGGUUCAGAAAAUCUCACUUUUAAAAAAUCUCAUAAAGGGAUCGAAUCUCACAACACAGUUUAAUAUUUGCACUCAUGACUACAGCCUGCACAUAAAUGGAUGCUCAGCUUUCCCACUACUAGAGUUGUAAAUGAAUUUCAAAUCUUUACUUCCUGACAGGCUGGAAUUAUUUGCCAACUGAAUGCUCGUACCUCUAUUCUGGCUGCUGCUAAUCCAAUAGAAUCCCAGUGGAAUCCAAAGAAAACAACCAUCGAAAACAUCCAGCUUCCCCAUACACUGCUAUCUAGGUAUCUCUUGAGACAUUUUAUUGCUGUGUGUUAGCUGUGCCUGAAAUAGUCCUAUUUGGAAACUUCCCAUGAAGUCGCCAACUUCCAUAUUGUGCGGGUUUUGGAACAUAAAUAUCAGAACCAUUUUCGCUGCCUCAUAAAUAUUUAAAGACUUUUAAAUUGAAUUGGCAUUGAAAUCCACUGAUGCCUCUUUGUGUAUGUAUUCAUGGAAGCCUAUGUAGGCUGCCAGAGCUAGCUGACAACCUGAGGUUUUUCCCUUGGUCCACAGAAUGAGCAGGGUUCCAUGCGAUUUAUUUACAGAUUGUGGGGCAGAGACUUAAUAGAAAACAUAUAGUUUGCUUUCCAGAAAUGGCAGUUGUGUUAGAGCCUGAAUAUACCACCAUCUAUGACUGAUAUUAACAACAGUGUCAGUUUCUGACAACUUAAUUAUAUAUCCAUGAGGCAACAGUUCCAAUGGUGCAGCAGUUGUUCAUGUUGCAGCAGUAUUAUUGUUGUUGUUAUUAUUAUUGUUGUUGUCGUUAUUGUUAUUAUACAUAGGUUUGAUCUCAUUUUCCUAAUGCUGGACCCUCGAGAUGAAGCAUAUGACAGACGUUUGGCUCAUCACUUGGUUGCCUUAUACUACCAAACUGAAGAGCAGGUGGAAGAAGAGCACAUGGAUAUGGCAGUUUUAAGGGAUUAUAUUGCUUAUGCUCGUAGUUAUGUUAACCCAAGACUAAGCGAAGAAGCAAGUCAAGCUCUCAUUGAAGUAAGUACGGGUUAAGACUAAAAAUAUGACUAAAAAAACCAAAAAACAGUUCCAGCAUUUAACCCAAAUAGUGCUUGGAUUUUUUAAAAAACGUUCACUUCUCAAAAUGCCCUCAGUGAUGGCUGCACAUAUCUGCCUACCUAAGUAACAUUCUUAGAUUUAACAAUCCUUGAAAACAUAUUUACAGUGUACUUUUCAUUUUCUCUUCACACUAGGCAUAUGUGGAUAUGAGGAAGAUUGGAAGUGGUAGAGGAAUGGUUUCUGCAUAUCCUCGGCAGCUGGAAUCUUUGAUUCGUCUGGCGGAAGCGCAUGCUAAAGUACGAUUUUCUAAGAAAGUAGAGACAGUGGAUGUUGAAGAAGCAAAGCGUCUUCACCGUGAAGCUCUGAAACAGUCCGCUACGGAUCCAAGGACUGGAAUUGUGGACAUAUCUAUUCUCACCACAGGUGAGAUCAGCCUGAAACUUGCUGAUACAGUCUAUGGGGGGGAGGUCUGAUUUGUAGCCUUGGAAGACUUCUUUUAAAGAGGUCACUCAAAUGAUUUUUUAUAUUGUGGGGAAAACAUUGUGACUCUUUCUUUUUUAAGGGAUGAGUGCCACUGCCCGUAAACGCAAAGAAGAACUGGCUCAGGCUUUGAAGAAGGUUAUUCAGUCUAAGGGUAAAACACCAGCUCUAAGAUAUCAACAGCUCUUUGAGGAUCUUCGCGCACAAUCUGAAACAGUAAGUUUGUUGUAAGGCUUGCAUGCUGUGUUUGUUCUAUUCACUUUCACAAGUACAAAAUAUCUAAGGAAUGUCUCCUUCCCCACCCUGCAUUCCUCCUCUGGGUUUUCCAAUGCUGUACCAUGAGUUGUUCAUUAGGUAUAAUUUUAUUUGUUGUGAUUAGGCAGAUAAGUGUAUUGAUGAAGUUUCAGGAUUGAACAACAUGAAGGCUCUUUAGUCGUUGCAGUACUGCCUUAUUGCACUCAAGCCUGAGCCUCUAAAAGAGUUAGUUACAUGGCACUUCGUACAUGCACAAUCUUCCUUCCACCUCUUAUUUUCCUCAUUAUCUUCUUACUGAUCUGACUCAAAACUGGACUGGAUUUGCAAUAAUCCUAAAGGUGCUUGAAACUAAAUCUGUACUGUACUUUUCUUUCUCAGGGUUGUCUACCACCUAAAGGGGUGAUCUUUUCCACAUUUUGUCAUAAUCAUUUAUUUAGAUUUGUUGUUACUGACUGUUAAAAAUAUUGAAAAAUCUCUAUCGUUCCAAAACAUGGAAUAUCAUCUUGCUCAUCUGCCACAGAACCCUAGUACAUUGCAGAAUGUAGUGGCCUAUUCGAGGGUGCAUGCUUGGUUCAUGCAUGGCAAUGAUGAGCAAUUAGGCCUCACAGUUGCCAUGCAUGAACUGAGGAUGUGGCAAAAGCAUCUUCAGUGUUUCCCCUUCAGCUGCAUGUUGCAGAUGGGGCUCAGUAGUGACAGAAAAUCUUUCUUUCCGGCAUGUUUCGCUGCUUUUACUCAUCAUCUCCCUGAAAGCCCCUUAAUAAGCUCCCAAGAAACUCCUGGAUGCCCAAGGAAAACCACUAAUUUGAAAACCACUAAUAGAUUUUAGCUUCACACUGGAACUUAAUAUUUUAUUUCUUAUUUCAUUGUUGAAGUAUAAUGGCUUCAAGGUGCGCAAAAAUAAUACAAUCCCUACAGUCUGGGUUGUUGUACAUAGUAUUUGUAUGUUAAUGUCAGUAUUUACUUUUUUCUUUAAAGGCUGUCACUAAAGAAAUGUUUGAAGAAGCACUGCAUGCAUUGGCUGAUGACGACUUCUUGACUGUGACUGGGAAGACUGUUAGACUUCUCUAAAUAAACGCUAACUUUACAGGAAUGGAACUGUAAAACUAACUUCUUGGUGUAACUUUGCUUUAAUACAAUAUGCUUACAUCAUACUUGUUAGACUGGAAUUGGACCAGGAGGUCAUCACUAUCAGCAUGGAAAAUUACUGUUAAGAUUUUGCUUAUUAAGGAAUGCUAAUUCUUUCAGCACAGUUAGUUUUAGCACAUUUUUUCUCAGCAUCUUUUAAAGAGUAAGCUCUAUACAUAAAAUUUCAAAUUAUAAAAACUUAUUGUUACAAUUUUUGAAUUCAGGUUCAUAUGAAUGUCUCCUAUAGCACUAUUUCUGCAUAUUAGAUAAUGCUUGUGAAGAUUUUGUUUGUAAUAAAAUGCAGAUUACUUAUUCUACUUCAUUGUGCAUUUCGAAAAUUCAAAAAGUUUGUUAUGCUGAACCUGGUCAGUUGAUACUUUGUGUAUAAUUCUCUGUCUCUGAUAUAGAAAACAGUAAGGCUUAUUAAAUCAUACUAAG